GUUCAGGGGGCUGGGAAACACCAGAGGAAGGGGAUUUUCGGAGGCUCGGGGCUCUGCUGACUGUCAGUUUAAAAAAUGAAAGUAAUAUACAAGGGGCAAAGUGGCGUUUAUCAUUCCAUCUCUCCAGGCUCCUGUCUCUUUAAUCAGCUUGAUUUGCCCAGCAAAUGAUUCCUGAGUGUGUGUGUGUGUGUGUGUGUGUGUGUGUGUGUGUGUGUGCCUGCGCGCGCGUGCUGUAGCUCUGUCAAUCCUUGGAUUAGAACCAAUGAUUGCAGCUUGUAGGAGGGCUGUCCAGGGCCAGAUUGUACAAUGUGCCUCAGUGCCAGAGUAUGAGUGGAGAUAAUUACGGAGAAGUCAGACUCUCUCUCGCCCUCGGCUUCCUUGUCGUGUCCUUCAGCAAAACAGUGGAUUUAAAUCUCCUCGGACUAGCUUGAGAGCAACACAAUCUAUCAGGAAGGAAAAGGAAAGAGAGACAGAGGGAGGGAAAAAAACCGAUCCUGACAAAAAAGAAGAAAAAGAAGAAAAAAUAUGAAAACCAUCCAGGCAAAAAUGCACAAUUCUAUCUCUUGGGCAAUCUUCACGGGGCUGGCGGCUCUGUGCCUCUUCCAAGGAGUGCCGGUGCGUAGCGGAGAUGCCACCUUUCCCAAAGCUAUGGACAACGUGACGGUCAGGCAGGGGGAGAGCGCCACCCUCAGGUGCACAAUUGACAACCGAGUCACCCGGGUGGCCUGGCUAAACCGCAGUACCAUCCUCUAUGCUGGAAAUGACAAGUGGUGCCUAGAUCCUCGUGUGGUCCUCCUGAGUAACACCCAGACCCAGUACAGCAUUGAGAUCCAGAAUGUGGAUGUGUAUGAUGAGGGCCCUUAUACCUGCUCGGUACAGACAGACAACCACCCUAAGACCUCCAGGGUCCACCUCAUUGUACAAGUAUCUCCCAAAAUUGUAGAGAUUUCUUCAGAUAUCUCCAUCAAUGAAGGGAACAACAUCAGCCUCACUUGCAUAGCCACAGGUAGACCGGAGCCUACAGUAACCUGGAGACAUAUUUCUCCCAAAGCUGUUGGCUUUGUGAGUGAGGAUGAGUACUUGGAGAUCCAGGGCAUCACUCGGGAACAGUCAGGCGAGUAUGAGUGCAGCGCCUCCAACGACGUGGCGGCACCAGUGGUACGAAGAGUGAAGGUCACCGUGAACUAUCCACCCUACAUCUCAGAAGCUAAGGGCACGGGUGUCCCCGUGGGGCAGAAGGGGACUCUGCAGUGUGAAGCUUCGGCAGUCCCUUCAGCAGAAUUCCAGUGGUUCAAGGAUGACAAAAGACUGGUCGAAGGAAAGAAGGGAGUCAAAGUGGAAAACAGACCUUUCCUCUCGAAACUCACCUUCUUCAACGUCUCUGAGCAUGACUACGGGAACUACACAUGUGUGGCCUCCAACAAGCUGGGCCACACCAACGCCAGCAUCAUGCUAUUUGAACUAAAUGAGCCUACAAGCUCAACUUUGUUGCAAGAAGUGAAAACUACAGCCCUGACCCCUUGGAAAGGUCCCGGUGCUGUCAGUGAAGUCAACAAUGGGACGUCAAGGAGGGCAGGCUGCAUCUGGCUCCUACCUCUUCUGGUCUUACACAUGCUCCUCAAAUUUUGAUGUGAGUGCCCCUUCCCUGCUGGGGAGAGCUGCCGCCACCGCAUCUCAAUACAACAGCACUGCAAAACGAAGCAACAAGUCAGAAUCAAAUGAAAUUCCGAGAAUCACAGCCAAUGAGACAGAAAUUCGAGGGAGGGGGACAAAGCAUACUGUGGUAAAGGGGAAAAAAAGUUUUAAAAAAGGAAAUUUGGAAAUUGCCUUGCAGAUAUUUCGGUACAGCUGAGUUUUCUUUCUUUUCCCAAGUGGGAAGAAGGCACAGCUAGCUUGGACCCACCCACAAGCUGCACUGUGUGACCUCUCUGUUGCCAGGGUGGGCAAGGGCUCAGCCACUCUGCCCACUAAAGUGCCCCACCAUGGAACAUUCUGGAGUUGGCCAUCCCAAAUUUCAUCGGUCCAUAGACACAAGCACAGAGUGAGAAACAAGGGCCUAGAUGUGCCAUGGAGGGCCCUUUGGUGGGCUGUGUGACAGUCGAGUGUGUCAUGAAAUGUGAAAUCGGGAGGAAUAAAAAACAAGAGCAAAAGAAAAGGAAAGAAAAGAAGAGAAGAGAAGAGAAGAGAAGAGAAGAGAAGAGAAGAGAAGAGAAAAGAAGAAAGAAAGAAAGAAAGAAAGAAAGAAAGAAAGAAAGAAAGAAAGAAAGAAAGAAAAAAGAAAGAAAGAAAGAGACAGCCUGACAGCACCAUAACCCCGCAAACAACAGUCACAAAAGAUACCGUUAAGCUUUUGUUUUUCAUUUUACCACAUGGACAUCAUGGAUAAUAAGGGAUUCUGAUUCAUUAUUAAUUUUAUUAAUUAUAUUUUCUGAUAUGAGUCUAGAGUUUAGGGUUAAAAAAAGAGAGAGACAAGACUGAAACUACACAGGCAAGGGUGAAGGGAAGUGUGUUUCUUAAGUAUUAAAAGCGAAUAGUGUAUUUCUUACCUAAGUUUACAUCUGGUGGACCAUUCGCCAGGCAUUAACCACCUGGUGAGGAUUUGGCAAAUCCACCAGAAACACAUGUGAUUUAACAAACACCUCCACCAGCGUUACAGAUUCCUCCUCAUCUCUUGCAGACAGUACUAUGCUAUCUAUACACUACUUAGACACAGAAGGUUGGUCUGCACCUCUAUCUUGGUUUGUUGGCUAUGCUUCUUUUGAUGACAUAUAUUAUACAGUAUAUAUAUAUAUAUAUAUAUAUACAUAUAUUUUUUUUGUUAGAGUUCUAGCCAUUUUCUUUCUCAGCAGGGUCCUUCUCAGACAUUACUGCAUGCUGUAUAUGGCGUUAGCUGUGUGUUGAUCUUCUAAAAGAUGAUAGAGUUUUCCGGUAAUUGUGUAAUCAGCUCCUUCCUUCUUUUUUGUUUCCUUUGGGUUAUUUACAUGUCAGAGACAUUUCUACAAAGCAGAAAGGACAACAGAAACAAUAACUAAUACCAGGCGCAGCAUCUUUCCAGGUGUGGCUCUCUGAGGAGGAGGCCACCAGCUUGGCUUCUCCAUCACACCUUGGGGCAUUAACGGACAGCAAGCAACUGAAACAACUAAACCAACAGUAAUCACUUGCUUUAGCCCAUUGUGGGAAUCCCUGAUGCCUUUGUGACUACUGGAGAACAGAAUCCUCUUGGUUUAUUUUAUUUAAUUUUCCACCUUCGUGUGAGUGUGUAUGAAAGAGAAGAAAAAAAAAUGCAGUUUUUAGGUAACCAUUUUUUUUCCCUUCCCUGAAGUCUGGGGACCAGAGAGGCCUCGGGGGAGGGGUCCUGGAUGUGAUGAGGGAAACUGGGAUUGGGGGAUAGGGGAGGGAAGGGUUGUCUCUGACUUGACAUUAAAAAGUGUUCCAUGUCCCUCUUC